AUUUUGCAAGAUUCCACAAAAAGUCUUGCAAAUGUAAUCGAUCCUCGUCCCAACCCAAGAAGAAAAGGCCCCAAACUCAAUCACUCCAACCACUGCGUCAUCAUCCAUGGCCACCAUAGACAAAGACGAAAUCAGCACCAACAACGUGUCUUCUUCUCCGGUCUUCAUAUCCACGGAGACCUUAUGCACUAUUCUCACCCACCAAACUCUCAUCAAUCACUUCGAAUCCACUCUCCCCAAAGUCUCAACCUUUUUCCAAACCCCAAUUCGUCAACACUAUUCUCUCUCUCCUUCUUCCUCUCUCCUCCUCAUGCCCUCUUGGUCCUCUUCCCCUUCUUUCCCUUACAUUGGCGUCAAGCUUGUUACCCACUUUCCACUAAACUCCGCUGUUAACUUACCAGGUGUGCAAGGAAGCUAUGUGCUCUUCAGUUCCACCAAUGGCAAAACUCUUACUUCCAUGGACUCAACUGAACUCACCCUUUACCGAACCUCCUCUGUCUCUGCCUUGGCUUCCAAAUAUUUAGCCAGACGUGACUGUGAGGUCCUUGUUAUGGUUGGUGCUGGUGCCUUAGCACCCCAUUUGAUCAGAGCCCAUGUUUCAGCCACACCCAGUUUGAGAAAAGUCUUCAUCUGGAACAGGACAGUGGAAAAGGCUACAACUUUGGCACAAAAACUGAGAGAGAGUGGUGAAUUUUCAGGGUUGAGCUUUGAGGGUUGUGGGUGUUUGGAUGAGGUGGUUGGGCUUGGGGAUAUUGUGAGUUGUGCCACCAAUUCUGAGACACCCCUUGUGAAGGGGGAGAUGUUGAAGGCUGGUGCUCAUUUGGAUUUAGUGGGUUCCUUCAAGGAUUCAAUGAAGGAGUGUGAUGAUGAGGCCUUAAGAAGGGGAACAGUGUUUGUGGACAAUGAGGCUGCGCUUGUUGAAGCUGGGGAGCUGGUGGGUGCUUUUGAGAGAGGGGUUAUCAAGAAAGAUGAAAUUGGAGGGAAUUUGGUAGAACUUGUUAGAGGUGACAAGGUUGGGAGAAGCAGUUCAGAGGAAAUUACUGUGUUCAAGUCUGUUGGUUCUGCUGUUGUAGAUAUGCUUACAGCACAAUUGGUUUAUGAGACUUACACAGGGAGCUAGGUACUAUAUUGAGUGUAUGUAGUUUAUGCUAAAUAGUAAAAUAAGAUUUAUGAAAGUAAUAUUGAUAAGAUUACCGAGUUACUUAUACAAGGAAUUCAAUGCUUAUGCAACAUCUAGUCUAGAUGACUGAUUAUAGCUUUUAAAUUUGAUUAUGUUCUAG